AUGGAUCAGGCGAACAAUGACAGCAAAAAGACACAUUGCUUUUCCCAGGCAACAGUGAAUGCCAUGUGGGCUGCCAGGCUAUCGCCAAUGAGCGUACAGGCGGUUCAUCAGGCAUCGGCGUUCCAGGAAGAGAUGGUUGUUGCAACGAUUGGAGACAGCAAGCAUCAGGUCAACGUGGAAGCACAACACUUCACCUGUCGUGAAAGACUCAAUGUGGCUCACUUGAACAAUGCCGCUCAUGCACUGGCCCGAAGACAUGUUGUCCUACGUUCCCUCUUUUGCUGGAAUGAUCAUGCUACAAAACAACAUCCCGCCCGGAUAUUGAUGUUAGUUCUUGGAGCCGAUUACCCAGUAGCGAAUAUCAAGCUUGUCAGUGAAGGAUCGACCCAGGAUACGAAUACAGAAGAUUCCCCUAUUGACUUUCAUGUGCUGGGAUUGUCUGACGCUUCAGGAAUUCGCCAAUGGCAUGGAGAGAUGCCUUGGAGGUUAACAAUCAACUCAUUGCCUGACCAGAAAGGUUCUCGUCUAUCACUGUGCUACCAUACCGCAAUCCUGGACGAGUCUUCGGCUUGUCGGAUGUUGCGCUACCUGUGGGAUGAGCUGCAGGCCCCCGGUUCCACCGUCGUGUCCGACUUCAUUGCGGCCCACAAGGGCCUGGCGUUCCGACGCAGCCAUGAUAUGCAACGUCGGGUUCGAGAAAGAUUUGCGGGAGCACCUCCUCUCCUAGCCGUCUUCGGUAGCACAAAGCCACUUGACAGAGAGGGGUAUGGUGUGACGAUCGACAAAGUGGCUAUGCCUUACGCUCGGGCCGAUUGCCUGUCGAGAGCGCGGGAGGCCCUAUAUAUGGCACUCUGCACAUUAGACGGGACACAAGAGGCAACAUUUUUAGAGUUAACGUCACACAGAGGAGCACUCCCCUCGAACCAUAGAGAGGUUUUGGGUCCAAUUCUAGUGCCUCAGAUUCGGUGGACUCAACAUGAUAGCCACACACCACUCCCACAAAUCGCUGAAAGUCUUGCUUCGGGAUGCGACAUUAACCACGCCUUCUCACCUGGCGAGCUGUGCUCCUUCUUUUCGAACGCGGCAUGUCGACCUUCAGUGUCUCUUAUUUGCCACAUCGAUUCAUGUGCCUCCACGGGAGUCGAAGCCUGGACUUGGGAAGGCAAAGAUUCAUGGUCAGAUGUCCCUUUGGUAAUCGAGCUGAUUCCAUGUGGCGGGGAUUCCUACCUCAUCCGCAAUUGCUACCACCGUGACCUGUUCACAGACAACGCCAUUGCGGCAUUCCGACAGUUCUUUUGCGCAUCGCUAGAAUGGCAACAACAUGAGCAUGAUACAAGGAAAGACAUUACCCUCGAGUUUGUGGUCCACAGUAUCCUGAGUUCAUGCCCCGAUGCAGCUGUCCACCUGGAGAACCAGAAGAAGAUCCAAACCAACAAUAAGCAUGUCGGCGAGUCUCCAGAGACUAUCAUGCUCAGUACUACAUCUCACAUUACUAUAGAGAAGUGCACUGGACAUACAUAUUCUUCUCCGAGUAACAUGAGGGCCGAAGGUAAUGCAUGUGCGCAUGACCUGCUGGAGCGGAGUGCUAGAAGAUUUCCGGAGAAGAUUGCCUUGCAAUAUGAGGUUUCCGACUAUUUGACAUAUAAAGACUUGAACAAUCGUUGUGACCAGGUUGCGGAGUCUUUGACCUGUUGGAUCGAGCGUGCCCAACAAGCGUCUCCUGGUGCAGAAAUCAUUAUCCCAAUUUCAUUCGAGAAAGGUUUUGAUCUGGUAAUAGCGAUGUUCUCGGUGCUGAAGGCAGGGGGGGCUUUCGUGCAUAUCGAUGCGAGCCUGCCCGCUGAUCGAAUAGCGGGGAUCGUACGGAAGGCAGGAGUGCCAUUCAUUCUUUACGAUGGAAAGGCCGACACGCAUAGGUUGACCGAAGUUGCCCGGAGGGAAGGGAAGGCAAUCGUUGCGCUCAACGAUUUGUCCAAAAUGCAGGACAAGCAUACACUUCCGUUCAUCCGGAGUGAGCAACUAGGUUCAUCGCUUGCGUACAUUCAAGUGACAUCUGGAACGACUGGAGAGCCUAAAUGUAUCAUGAUCGAGCACCGUAACUUGGUGGCUUUCAUGGAAGCCGACGAGCCGGAUUUUCUAGGAGCCUGGACGACCAACAAGCUGCAGCUCUCAAACCGCACCUUUGACAUAGCCAUGGCGGACAUAUUUGGCACAUUGGGUCGCGGAGGAAGAUUAGUGUUCGGUCCAGACGCAGCCAUACUGUCCUCUCUGGAAGAAUGGCUGGAGAUGACUAGCGUUACGGAUCUGAAUACGUCUCCCCUGGUCGCAGAUUUGCUGAAGAACCAUGUUCCAGCUUUCCUGAGCGUCCUGAUGGUCGGCGGAGAGCCUUUCCACCCCUCCCUCAUAGAGGGCAUCCCUAAGGAGUGUCGAUUAUACAAUAACUAUGGCCCAAGCGAAACAACCUUCGUAGCGACGACAUACACUGUAUCAGAGGAGGAUAAAGAUAAGUCAAACGUCCCGAUUGGACGCUCUUUUGGAUCCUGUGGUAUUCAUAUACUGGCACCUGAAGGCACUGAAAGGGUCAAAAGUGGAGACAUUGGCGAACUCUGCAUCAGUGGGUUCCAAGUAUCGAGGGGUUACCUGGGACAGCCCGAGCUUACUGGCAAAAGCUUUGUCUCAGAUCCUUCUGCGAAAGAUGAUAAAUGCAAGCUGUAUCGCACUGGAGACCUUGGACGAUUUCUACCCGACGGAAAACUGGAGUAUAUCGGGCGCAAAGAUAAGCAAGUGAAACUUCGAGGGCAGCGUGUCGAAACACUCGAAAUAGAAAUGGAGAUUAGGAAGCAUCCUCGAGUGAAGGCUUGCGCAGUCGCCACAGGCAACUCAAGCCAUGGAAUGGCGCUCGUUGCAUUCAUUGAGACACAGCCGAACCACCAAGACUCAUUCACCGAUGCGACAGCUGAAGACCGCCUCUGGGCGAGUCUGGUAGAUGAGAUCAAGACCGUUCUAUCCCAGACCCUGCCAGACUAUAUGACACCAACGCGCAUUGUGAAGCUUGAUGAUGGCUUACCUCGUUUACCUAGCAACAAGCUUGAUCAGAAAGCAUUGUCAUCUCGAGCAACAGAAGUUUUAGCAAGCCAAGCGUCCCAAGCGGCAUUGGAAUACGUCCAUCCACGGGACGAAUUGGAAAGACAUAUCUGUGAAGCUUUCAGCAAUGUGUUUUCUUGCCAGGUUGGCAUUACAAACAAUUUCCUGGAUCUUGGAGGACACUCUGUCACAGCGAUACGGUUGGCGAGUAAAGUAAGGAAGCACCUCCGCACUAAUAUCACCUUCCGGGAUGUGCUGGAAUGCUUGACUCCGGAAACGCUGAGUGCGCACAUUCGUGCUUCUGCGGAAAACAUACAGCAAAGUCCACCGACAUAUCGACCGCCAGAUAGCAUGGUUGUUGAACAAUCCUUCGCACAAGGCCGCUUGUGGUUCUUGGAACAGCUUCAUCCAAAUCUGAUCUGGUACCACAUGCCACUUGCAUUCAGGUUGCGAGGACGAUUGCACCUCGACGCCUUAGAGGCCGCUUUGUUAGCGCUUGAACAGCGUCAUGAAACGCUGCGAACUACAUUCAGAGGAAGGGGCGACAUGGAUGUACAAGUAGUCCAGCCCUUUUCGCCGAAGGCUAUCCGAAUCUUGGAUCUUACCUGGGACCCUAGUGACGAAACGCUUUACUCGGUCCUUCGCAGUGAGCAGACAAAGCCAUUCAGCCUUACGGAAGAACCCGGGUGGAGAGUAGCCGUGGUGCGGCUUAGUUCCCAAGAACAUGUUCUUUCCCUCGUUAUCCACCAUAUAAUUGCAGAUGGAUGGUCUUUGGGGGUGGUCUUGCGAGAGCUCGCAUUGUUCUAUUCUGAGAGCCUCCGUGGAAAAGAUCCCUCGUUGAGAUUACCGCCCCUACAUUUUCAUUACCGAGGGUACUCGCUAUGGCAACGUCAGGAAGAACAGCUCCGGCAGCAGCAGCGUCAUUUAGCGUAUUGGACACAACAGCUACGAGGCAGCCACCCGGCCGAAUUUCCGUGUGAUAAGCCUCGGCCUGAUGUGCCAUCAGGACAGGCUGCUGUGAGGGGAAUCAAGAUAGGCGGUGCUUUGUACAUUGGUUUGGAAAGGUUCUGCAAGCGACAUUCAAUAACACCCUUCAUCGUUCUACUGGCGGCCUUCCGGGCAGCUCAUUACCGAAUGACAGGGGCAGCUGAUGCGACUAUCGGCACUCCAAUCACCAAUCGCAACCGUGAGGAACAUGAAGAUAUAAUUGGGCUAUUCGUGAAUAUGCAGUGUAUGAGAGUCGAAAUUUCGGAAAGCGAUUCCUUUGAGGUACUGGUUCAACGGGUAAAGGAGACAGCAGCGGCGGCUUUCGAACACAAUGAGGUGCCUUUCGAGAUGAUCGUCUUCGAGCUACACCCAACACGGGAUAGUUCACGCAAUCCACUGAUUGAAACUAUCUUCGCAUUUCACCCAGAACGUGUUGAUAAGAUCAGCCUCGAAGGCAUCGACUCGGAACUGAUUAGCCUGACACAUGCGACAAGGUUCGACCUCGAAUUCCACGUCUGCCAGUGUGAAGAUAGCCUGGAGGGUGACAUCAUAUUCUCCACUGAGCUUUUCCAUGGUCGAACGAUCGAGAUAUUGCUAUCGACCUUUCAGGAUAUAUUGAGAGCCGGCCUAGAGAAUUCACAUACAGUCAUUGAGACGAUCCCCCUGCCGAGCGCUACUUCCGCACUUGAUGACAUGGACCUGUUGGGGAUUCGCCGCUCCGAGUACCCUCGAACUUCGAGCAUAGUUGAUGUAUUUCGCGAACAGGUAGCCGCACAUCCAGAUAGAACAGCAGUCAAGGACAAUCAGUAUCAAUGGAGCUAUACCAGGCUUGACCUAGAGUCCGACAAGAUGGCGGGUUGGUUGCGUGCUUUGGAACUGCCAAAAGAGACUGUGAUCACGGUUUUCGCAAACAGAUCGUGCGAGACCAUCGCAGCGUUUCUGGGCAUACUUAAGGCAAAUAUGGCCUAUCUUCCACUAGAUAUCAAGUUCCCGACUGGCCGGAUCGAGUCCAUUCUGUCUUUUAUUGAAGGCAAUCGAUUUAUUCUGGUCGGCUCCGGAUGUGAUUUCCCAAUUACCCACUUGGAUCGGGUAGACGUUGUCCCCAUGGCACGACUGUCGAGCGGUUCCGGUCAGAACCCAGCAUAUAUUGAUGAUAUAAUGCCUACUCCCAAGAGCCUCGCAUAUGUUAUGUUCACCUCGGGCUCCACCGGGCAACCGAAAGGGGUCAUGAUUGAGCACAGGGCAGUUGUGUCACGAGUGAAGGGUUUCAGUUUACUCAAGGAAGAGGUUGCCGCGAAGCCGUUCGCCCACGUUUCCAGCAUUUCUUUUGAUGCAGCAGUUUGGGAGAUAUACACUCCUCUGCUCAACGGCGGCACUGUGAUUUGCAUUGACAGUAUGACAAUCACGAACUUUGAAGCCUUAUCCAAUGUCUUUCAUGCGGAAGGCAUUAGGGUAGCACUUAUUACACCCGCCCUGCUGAAACAGCUUCUCACAGAGUCAUCGGCUUCGAUCUCUGAACUUCAUACACUGGUCGUGGGCGGAGAUCGAGCGGAUCCCAAAGACAUGAUCAAAGCACGCAAGUUAGUUCAGUGUGAUGUCAUAAACGCUUAUGGCCCAACGGAGAAUACCAUAAUCAGCACCUUUUAUCGACUUCCAGAGGGCAACGUAUAUCAUAACGGUGUACCAAUUGGACAAGCAGGGCCUAACUUGGGGGCUUACGUUGUGGAUCAGCAACUAUGUCUAGUACCACCCGGCGUAAUCGGUGAACUUGUUGUUGUCGGUGAUGGCCUAGCGCGUGGCUAUACUGAUACACGAAGGGAUGUGAAUCGUUUCGUCAACAUUGAUAUCCGCGGCCAGGUUCUGAGAGCGUAUCGCACGGGUGACCGAGUUCGUCGCCGUCCGGUAGACGGACAGCUUGAAUACAUUGGCCGGUUGGAUGGCCAGGUCAAGAUUCGAGGUUUUCGUGUUGAGACCGAGGAGAUCGAGCACGUUCUUCGCAGCUCAGGGCUAGUCGGAAACGCCGCAGUGCUCUUCCAGCAGCCUGAUAAUCGAGAUGGUCGGCUAGUAGCUUUUGUCACGUUGUUGAAAAAGGCCGAUAAGCAAGUUCCCAUGGAUGAGGUAGCAAGGGGUAGAGAAGAACAGGAAUCAGAACAGGCUUGGACGCAAAUUUUCAGUGAAGUCACUUAUGAUAGCCAGAUCGACCCUCGUGAGGCCGGUAGAGACUUCUCUGGAUGGAAGUCAAUGUACGAUGGUACUGACAUCGACAAAGGAGAAAUGGAGGAGUGGCUGGACGAUACGAUCACAACGCUGCUCAAUGGUGCACCGCCAGGCAACGUGGUUGAGAUUGGUACCGGCUCAGGAAUGAUUUUUUUCAAUAUUGCAAACGACCUGCAGACCUAUGUUGGCCUUGAACCGGUACAAUCGAUAGUGGAAUUUGUCAAGACCAUGAUGGGCAAAGUUAAUCCGACUCUAGCAAGCAAAGUACAGCUGCAUAUUGGAAGUGCCAGUGACUUAGACAAGAUAUCAUCCGACAUUUCAUCGCCCGACAUCGUGGUGGUGAAUUCUGUUGCGCAGUAUUUCCCUAGUGCGGGAUACCUGUCCAAACUGAUAUUGGAUCUUCUGCGAAAGCAUCAGGCCAAGACCCUCUUCUUCGGAGACAUACGUUCAUACGCUCUAUAUGCGCAAUUUCAGGUCACCAAGGCCCUGCACGGAGAAGAAAAGAUUAGUCCCGAAUAUAUCCGUCAAAGUAUGGCAGAUACUGUGGAGAAUGAAACUGAGUUACUGAUUGACCCUGCUUUCUUCACGUCCCUGGCAACUGAAUUCCCAGAUCUCGUCCACCAUGUCGAGAUACUUCCGAAAAGAAUGCGAGCGACAAACGAACUUAGUUGCUAUCGUUAUUCGGCCAUCAUCCAUGCUGUGCGACCAGAUUAUCUCCCCAUCAUUCAUGCUGUAGACGCAGAUCAGUGGAUCGACUACAGCGCCCAAGGCCUAAGCCGGAACGGGCUCUUGGAUCUAUUAAGGGAAUGCUCAGAAUCAGCUGUUGUGGCUAUCGCCAACAUCCCGCACAGCAAGACUAUAUUCGAACGACUAGUCGUUGAGGCAAUUUCCAACCGGACAACAAUGACAGAUACUGGUUGGCUACCAUCGAUCCGUCGGAAUGCAGAUGAAGUUCACGGACUCUCGGCAAUGGAUCUUGUUGAUCUGGGUACCUUGGCAGGGCUCCAUGUGGAACUAAGUUGGGCGCGACAAUUUUCCCAGCACGGAGGACUGGAUGCCAUAUUUCACCGCAUCAAGUCCCAGGAUGGACGAAAAAGAACCAUGUUUCGAUUUUGCACCGAUCAUGAAGGUCGCUCAACUGAAGAUUUCAGCAACCGGCCAAUGCAAGGUCAGCCGACCCGCCAUAUCAUAAGAGAUCUCCAGCAAUUCCUGAAGACACACGUGCCUUGGUACAUGGUUCCGGCUGUGAUAAAGGCUCUUGAGGACAUGCCUACUAAUCAUAGUGGCAAGAUAGACAGACAAGCUCUGUCUCAAAUUGCAGCCACGAUGGCACCUAGGCAGGCACUAGCUGACAUGACCUUCGUGCGUCCUAAAACUAAGUUCGAAGUGAUUGUCUGUGAAGCAUUCGGUCACGUUCUUGGAUGUGAGAUGGGCGUUACGGAGAAUUUCUUCGAUCUCGGUGGACACUCCCUGAUGGCGACAAGAGCAAUAUCCAGGAUUGUUGAGCGCGCACAGUGUGCCAUUACGGUCCGAGACCUGUUUGACUGCCCAACGCCAGGAGCUUUGGCAAACAGGAUCUCGACAAUUUGUGAUGAACGUGGCAAGGCAGAAGCAGAGAGUGACAGAAUACAAGGCAUUGAUGAGUUUGCUGAUAACGAACCGGUCGCGCACGAUGAAUGGAAUCAAGCUGUGGAGGCGGUCGGCAUUUGCGCAGCAGACGUAGUGCAUAUAAUUCCGUGUUCUCCCUUUCAGGAGGGUGUCCUUACCGCCGACCUCGUCCUCAGAGACUCUCCCGCUUAUUUGGCUACCAUGAAGCUGAAGUUCGACGGACACCUCGACGUGGAUACGUUGCAAUCAGCGUGGUAUUCAACGGUAGCACGAGAGGAAAUGCUUCGAACAGCCUUCAUGCCAUCGACACAAGAUUUGUCCUUAAGCGGAAUGUGUAGUGGAGCCUUUCUGCAGGCCGUCCUCCGGUACGACUCCAACGAAGUGGAAAGGGUCUCGACACUACGGCAACAGGAGUAUAAUCAGCCGCCUGACCUUGGGAUGGGCCAUAUACCGGUUUCUUUGGCAUUAUGGCAAGACGACGUGACAGGUUUCAUGCAACUUGAAUUGACAAUGCAUCAUGCUCUAUAUGAUGAAGCCUCUCUGUCGUAUAUUCUGGACGGCUUGUCUCGUGAUUAUCACUAUGCACAGAGCCAUGGCCCAAGAAACGAGGACCAGAGCAGCCACAUUCCGUUCAUAACGUUCAUUCGCACGUUGCAACUGAAGGAUCGAUCAGUAGGCUCCUCCUUCUGGAAGAAAUACCUAGAUGGGGCACCAGCAUGUACUUGGCCAACUCCAUGUGGUCUCAGAGGUCCUAUGGAUGGAGUUCAAAUCCCUCAUGAAGUUCGUGCUGAAUGGAACGGAGAUGCAGAAGCACUGGCAAGAAUUUACAGCACCACCCCGGCCGGUCUUGUUCGAGCAGCUUUAGCUUUGUCCAUUGCUAUACAUAGUGACUCAGACGACGUCAUAUUCGGUGAGGUGUCGAGUGGACGAGCUCAUUCGGAGUUCGUCAAAGGCCCCUGCAUCGCCACCCAUCCGGUACGAAUCCCGCUUGCAGUGAACUCGAAGCAGCAUUCUAGUGACGGACGACGAGGGAAAGUUUCAAUAGAAGAACUACUCACACGCACCCGUGAUGCGUACUUAGACACGAUGCCAUUUCAGCAUCUUGGACUCGAAUCUAUCCGACGCUUGACUGAGAACCCCGACUUGCUUCCUUUCCAGGUGCUUUUUGUUUUUCAGGCACAAGUCACAAGUGCCAAGAAUCACAGAUUUCCAUGGAGCCGAUUCAGUAUUGCCGACGGUGAGCUGAAGCGUACGGAAUUUCCCAUGGUGCUUGAAGUGUUCUGUCAAGAGCUCACAGGCCAUCUUCACAUGCGAUGUGUGUUUGACCCGGCGGCAAUACUUCCAGCAGAUGCAGAUUGGGUGUUGCAGCAUAUCAUCGACUCAAUUGACCUCAUGCAAACACGUUCCAUGCAACAUGAGGAAGAUCAAUGCCCUGAGGCUAAGCUCGUAGUCAAGAAACGAGAGAUAACUGUCAUCGAACAAUUAUUGGGCCACCAAGAGGGGGAAUCGUCUGAGGGCGGUAGUGCGUUGUCUACCGUUAUCGAACUCUUUCGCAAGUGCGCAAUGGUCAUGCCAGACAAGAUCGCUUUGCAAGUUCAAAGGAGUGAGUUUGUUACGUUCAGACAACUCGACGACCUAAGCAAUCAGAUUGCUUUCGGCCUUGAAAAAAUUCUCAACUAUCAAACAAGUGCGACCACCAAGCAGCGAUACGUGCCGAUCUUCUUCGAGAAGUCAUAUCACAUGGUUGGCGCCAUUUUGGGCAUCCUGAAGGCCGGAGCAGCUGUUGUUCCCAUGGACAUUGAACAUCCGAUGCAGAGGCUGGAGACAAUAUGCGUAGCAAGCGCAGCCACUGUCUUCCUUUGGGACGGUAUAAAUAGUGGUGAGAAGUAUACCAGCCAGACGUACAAGCACAAAAUUCUACCCCUGGACUCUCUGGCUUAUGUGCUUUUUACCUCAGGAACGACCGGUAUUCCAAAAGGAGUGAUGAUCAAUCAUCGGAACUUGGCAUCAUUUUUGUCCUCCAAUAGAGGAAGUACUGACUGCUCAUGGACUUCAAACAGACUCGCGCUUCUUGCUCCUACCUUUGAUGCGGCGAUGGGAGAUUUGUUCGCCACGCUCUGCAAAGGUGGCCGUCUCUUGUUGGGUAAACAACAGGCUAUUCUCUCCGGGUUGAGCCAUUGUUUAGAAGACCUGAGUGUCACACAUCUGUCACUAACUCCCACGUUGGGUACGCUGAUACUGAACGAUCUUGACAACGAAGGACUAUCUUUUCUGCGCUCUUUGGUCUUUGGGGGUGAGCCUUUCCCGCUGAGUACUUUGAGCCGCGUACCCAGGACAAUAAAUGUCUGGAAUGGUUAUGGUCCUACCGAGGCGACCAUUGAGAUAGCAGCCUGCAAGGUACAAGGACCAGAUGUUGAUGUGUGCGGAAGCCGAUCGUUUGUUCCCAUCGGAGAGCCCGGGCAGAACAGACACAUUCGGGUGUUAUAUCCCGAAACUACGGAGCAAGUCCCACUGGGUUCAGUUGGUGAAUUAUGCAUUAGUGGACUACAAGUGGCACAAGGCUAUCUAGGCCAAGCUGACUUGACCGCGAAACAUUUCACACCUGACCCGUUCUCACCGACGGGGCGGAGGAGAAUGUAUCGUACGGGAGAUAGAGCAAGACUCCACGGAGAUGGAUACCUUGAGUACCUUGGUCGCAUGGAUGGGCAGAUAAAAGUUCGCGGCUUCCGAAUUGACACUGAAGAGGUUUGCUCGGUGGCGCAGAAGCAUCCACAGAUCAUUGCAUGUGCAGUGACUAAGCUUCAGAGCAGCGGAACUGAGACCCUGACAGCGCUUGUUGAAGUAGUCCAUCCACUCCAGCCCGGAGAUGUCAUAUGUGAAGCCACGGUCAAAGAGCAUCUGGCCCAAUACCUUCCUUCCUAUAUGGUUCCUGCCUUCAACUGGGUGCAGACAACACCCUUACCGCGUACAACAAGUGGUAAACUAGACAGAAUCGCUAUCACCAAGAUGGCCGAGGACAGACAUAAAGAGAGUCUAAAAGACGGUUCGAGGCACUCUCACACGCCUGUUCGCGCCGCGCCGGGAAGCCUAGAAGACAAAAUAGCUUCACUCUGGGCAAAGGUGCUGGGGAUCAACGAAGACUCUGUUGACACCACUGCAGCUUUUCACAAUAUGGGCGGUGACUCCAUUCGCGCAAUAGCAUUGCUUGCAAUACUUCGUCGACAAGAGCUACACCUCGAUUUGAUAGACGUUUCACAGACUUCAACAGUGCAGUCACAAGCAGCCAGAGUUCGACAGGGGUCAGCCGUCAAAAACAAUGCAAAUUACCUACAUUUUCACAUGCGCCAAGGGAGCCUGGCAACCAUUGUCCUUGUUCAUCCGUUCCUUGCGCAAUCCAUGGUAUUCGAGCCUCUGCUGCCAUUACUAGACGGCACGAUUGAUGUGCUCCUAGUCGACGACCCAUUCAUGGGCGCAUCUCGUUAUCCAGAAACGCUAUCGCAGUGGGCUAAUCGUUACUUGUCCGAUAUGGAAGAGCAUAUUCAGACUGCCCACCCUGUGAUAUUUGGGGGGUAUUCAUUUGGUGGAUUCAUUGCAUUCGAGAUGGCACAUAAAUGGGACCAGGUAUACGGUGCCCAUUUCAGCUCGGUAGUUCUCCUCGACCCUGGCACUUACGAGGUGGAUAACAGAGUAUGGAAGGGUGGGAGUGAAAAGGACAAUUUGAUUAUGAGCUCGCUGGGCAGAUCGGAGAUCCGUCCUCGAGACAAUCUACCGCUUCAGAAGUGCUUCGAUGGCUAUGUUAGAGCCUUGGAGCAAUCUGAAAGUCCACCAGUCUAUGAGGGUAAGUGCCUUCAUGUGGCGUUACCCGAUCGGCUCCAGGACGGAGUGGUAGAUUGGUGGAAGGCACAUUGCACCAACAUCACUUUGGGCGUUGUCGACUGCGACAACCAUUACGCGUUGAUGAAGGAUGCAGGCUGUGUGGCUGGAAUCAGUCGGUUUAUCAAUGAGCACUGCAACGCCGUUAUAGAAGAGAAUCGAGCAGUGAACAGCGCGAGUUCAGAGUCCCGGAUGUAUGGGGGAUCUUCGAGAACCGACGUGUCGACGGAAGAUGGAGACGUGAAGGAGGAGACCAGGUGA